GGAGGAGCCGCAGACCGUCGCCGCGGGGGGUGGGGGGCCGGUCUCCGGCCGCAGCGCCGCCGCCAUCACGGACUUCCUGUGGGACAAGCGCACGGGCCUCGCAGCCAGAACGAUGCCUCACCCCCGAAGAUACCGUUCUUCAGAGCGGGGCAGCCGGGGCAGCUACCAUGAACACUACCGCAGUCGAAAACAUAAGCGUAGGAGAAGCCGUUCUUGGUCCAGCAGCAGUGACCGGACUCGGCGGCGCCGGCGAGAAGACAGCUAUCAUGUCCGUUCUAGGAGCUAUGAUGAGCACUCUUCUGACAGGCGGGCUUAUGACCGACGAUACUGUGGCAGCUACAGGCGUGACUACAGUCGGGACCGAGGGGAACCUUACUACGAAGCUGAGUAUCGACAUUCCUAUGAGUACCACCGGGAUGACAGCUAUCGUAGUCAGCGCAGUAGCCGUAGGAAACACAGGCGGCGAAGACGACAUAGCCGGACAUUCAGCCAUUCAUCUUCGCAGCACAGCAGCCGGAGAGCCAAGAGUGUGGAGGACGACGCUGAGGGUCACCUCAUCUACCACGUCGGGGACUGGCUACAAGAGCGAUAUGAGAUUGUGAGCACUCUAGGAGAAGGGACCUUUGGCCGAGUUGUACAGUGUGUGGAUCAUCGAAGGGGUGGAGCUCGGGUUGCCCUAAAGAUCAUUAAGAAUGUGGAAAAGUACAAGGAGGCAGCACGACUGGAAAUCAAUGUUCUGGAGAAGAUCAACGAAAAGGACCCAGACAAUAAGAACCUGUGUGUCCAGAUGUUUGACUGGUUUGACUACCAUGGCCACAUGUGUAUCUCCUUCGAGCUCCUGGGCCUCAGCACUUUCGACUUCCUCAAAGACAACAACUACCUGCCCUACCCCAUCCACCAAGUGCGCCACAUGGCAUUCCAGCUGUGUCAGGCCGUCAAGUUCCUCCAUGACAACAAGCUGACACAUACGGACCUCAAGCCAGAAAACAUCCUGUUUGUGAAUUCGGAUUAUGAACUCACCUACAACCUGGAGAAGAAACGGGAUGAACGGAGUGUGAAGAAUACAGCAGUGCGGGUAGUGGAUUUUGGCAGUGCCACUUUUGACCACGAACACCAUAGCACCAUUGUCUCCACUCGACAUUACCGAGCUCCAGAGGUCAUCUUGGAGCUCGGCUGGACUCAGCCCUGUGACGUGUGGAGCAUCGGCUGCAUCAUCUUCGAGUACUACGUUGGCUUCACCUUGUUCCAGACUCAUGACAACCGAGAACACUUGGCCAUGAUGGAGAGGAUCCUGGGGCCCAUUCCCUCUCGAAUGAUCAGAAAAACCAGGAAGCAGAAGUAUUUUUACCGGGGUCGACUGGAUUGGGAUGAGAACACAUCGGCUGGCCGUUAUGUGCGAGAGAAUUGCAAACCUCUGCGGCGAUACCUGACAUCAGAGGCAGAUGAACACCACCAGCUAUUUGACCUGAUUGAGAGCAUGCUAGAAUAUGAACCUGCCAAGCGACUGACCCUGGGCGAAGCCCUUCAACAUCCUUUCUUUGCCCGCCUUAGGGCUGAACCUCCAAGCGCUAAGGUGUGGGACUCCAGUCGGGAUAUCAGCCGGUGACAACUGGGCCUGGGGCCCCUGGUUGCCUCUUCCGGCAAUGAGUGGCCAAUCUGGGACACUGGUGCUUUUUUAUACAAAAGAAUGGAGCAGGAGUAACUUCCCUCACCCUCCUCCUGGCUCCUUUGUAAACCUGUGAAUAUGUGAGAUAGUGUAAAUACAGCAGAGCUCUCUGGCCUUUAUUCUCUUCCCUCUUUGAAGCCCUGUAUAUAAAGCUGUCCCUUCAACACCCUCUCGGGCCUUCAUUUGCUCUUUCCAGCAGUGCUGGAGAGGGCGUGAGGUGGUGAGGUAGUACCUACCCUAUGUUUUAUAAGGAAUUUUGUACAGUCUUUGUGAAAUAAAAUAUGAUGUGCUUCAACUGA